GGAGGAGGAGGAGGAGGGAGCUCGCGCGCUCGAGACGUCGCGUUCCCGGGGAGCUCGUGCUGCGGCUCCUACUCCAAAACCUUGCUAAGGCAGGGAAGUUGUAGCGGGAGAGGCUGCGGGUUGCAAUAGGCAGGAGUGAAGUGCCCGUGCCGUGCAAUGGGUGAUUGUUUCUCCGCUGUGGAAAGCGGGCAUCGCGUCUGGUGGAGGCUUGCAUUUCUCCUGCUGUGCCGAGAAAAUCCCACUCACCCGGAUUCCUCGUAGAAAGGAGGCAGGCAGAAAAGCAACAGGGAGGUGGAGCUGGAGCGAUUGCUGCAUCUAGUGCACGGGGAGGAGGAGGAGGAGGGGGAAAACUAGAGCAUGAAAUUCCGAGAAGGGCUCGCUGAGAAGGAUCCCCCGUGCAGCUGCAGAGAGGAAAACAGGAGGAGGAGAUGCAACUGGUGUAACUGAGUCACCCUCCUUUCGCUGUAAAGAUAGUGAGAAAUUCCCCUCGGAGCCACUUUACAGAGCAAAUGACGGAACCUGCUUUUCCAGCUCGCUGAGUGGAUGGAUCCUUGUUAUUUUUUAAAUGCAUGCAUUUUUAUAGGCAGUGAAGCAAGAGUCUUCAAGUGGGUGGGAUGAGAGCUUUAGAAGCCUUUUUUAAAAAGGUGCAUGAAGCGAGCAGAAUCGAGGCGCUUGUGAACCCCGCAAAGCCCAGCUCUUCGCUGCCAGGGAGAGAAAGGGAGAGAUUUGACAAGAGCAAGAUCUGGAACUGAUCCAAGAAGCAGCCAGCCAGCUAGUGGCCGUGACGUUGCAGAGUUUAAAGGGGGUAGAUGAGACCGAUCGGACGCUGACCGGGCGAAAAGGGGCUCCUCCGGGCGCCGCUUGGGAUCGGGAGAGCUUGCUUGCUUGCAGGAGACCGCCACCAAUAUGCUGCUGGCUUCGGCCGUGGUGGUUUGGGAAUGGCUGAACGAACACGGGCGCUGGAGACCCUACAGCCCCGCCGUGAGCCACCACAUCGAGGCGGUGAUCCGAUCCGGGCCGAGAGUCGGGGGAAGCGUCGUCCUAGGCCAGGUGGACAACCGCCUGUCGCCUUAUAUCAUCGACCUGCAGUCCAUGCACCAGUUCCGCCAGGACACGGGCACCAUUCGCCCCGUGCGGCGUAGCUAUUACGACCCCUCCUCAGCUCCGGGAAAGGGCGUGGUGUGGGAGUGGGAGAAUGACAAUGGCACCUGGACUCCCUACGACAUGGAGGUGGGCAUCACCAUCCAGCAUGCCUACGAGAAGCAGCACCCCUGGAUUGACCUCACUGCCAUCGGCUUCUGCUACAUCAUUGACUUCAGCACGAUGGGGCAGAUCAACCGCCAGACGCAGCGCAAGCGCCGCGUCCGCCGCCGCCUCGACAUGGUCUACCCGUUGGUCACCGGCACCUUGCCCAAAUCCCAGUCGUGGCCGGCGAGCCCUGGGGUGGCCAGCACGCCUCCUGCGCCGGCCUGCACUUGCCCCCAGUGCCUCCUCGUCAUGAGCAUCAAGGCGGCGGUGGCAGCCGGGAGCAACGGAGGGACUGGCGUUUCGGUCAGCCAGCAGCAGCUCUUGCAGCAGCAGCAGCCGCCCGCACAACCACCACCGCCUCCCCGUAAAGCUGUCUCCCUUUCUGGCAGCGCCAAGCUCCCCAUGCCGGCAUCUAUCCACAAGCCCCAAGACGGAGCAGCUACCAUGCGCAGUUCCUUGAAGACCCUGGCCUCUCAGGUGAGCCGGAGGCAGGCAGCCAGCACUCCGGCCCUCACCACAGCCAGCUCCCCCGCCAGCCCUACCAGUGCCAACGGCAAGGUGACCCGCGCCAGCCUUAAUACACUGAACCGUACCAACCUGCAGCGCCUAGCUAUUGCGCAGUCCCGUGUGCUGAUUGCCUCGGGGGUCCCUACAGUUCCUGUGAAAAACCUCAAUGGCUCAAGCCCAGUCAAUCCAGCACUGGCAGGCAUCACAGGGAUCCUCAUGAGUGCUGCUGGUCUGCCGGUCUGCCUCACUCGACCCCCAAAGCUGGUUUUGCAUCCCCCUCCAGUCAGCAAGAGUGAAAUCAAAUCCAUCCCUGGGAUAUCCAAUACUUGCCGCAAGACCACCAAAAAGCAGACCAAGAAAGGUAAAACCCCAGAGGAGGUGCUGAAGAAAUACUUGCAGAAGGUGCGCCAUCCCCCAGAAGAGGACUGUACCAUCUGCAUGGAGCGCCUCUCCGCCCCUUCAGGGUACAAGGGCCCUCAGCCAGCCAUCAAGCCAGAUUUGGUGGGAAAGCUUUCCAAGUGCGGCCACAUGUACCACCUCCACUGCCUCGUGGCCAUGUACAACAACGGGAACAAGGAUGGGAGUUUGCAGUGUCCAACCUGCAAGACCAUCUAUGGAGUGAAGACUGGCACCCAACCUCCUGGGAAGAUGGAAUAUCACCUUAUUCCCCAUUCAUUGCCUGGGCACCUCGACUGUAAAACCAUUCGGAUUAUCUACAACAUUCCACCAGGGGUCCAGGGACCAGAGCAUCCCAAUCCUGGGAAGAGCUUCACUGCACGGGGCUUCCCUCGACACUGUUACCUCCCAGAGAGUGAAAGAGGCAGAAAGGUGCUGAAACUGCUUCUGGUAGCCUGGGACCGGCGUCUGAUCUUUGCCAUUGGCACCUCAAGCACCACGGGCGAGUCGGACACGGUGAUCUGGAACGAGAUCCACCACAAGACAGAGUUUGGCUCCAACCUGACGGGCCACGGCUACCCUGAUCCCAACUACCUGGACAAUGUGCUGGCUGAACUGGCUGCUCAGGGCAUCACGGAGGAGAGUACGCUCCAGGAGAAGGAUUGAGGGCGCGGGAGGAGGGGAGGAGAGGGAGCAGGCUUUGCCCUGCCUGGGGCGGAGCUACGAAAAAGAGCCAGCUUCCCGCGGAUCAAGCUCCCUCUCCCUCGUCCACUGUGCCUGCUCUGCCCUCUCUGCCUCUUGUUGCCACAGCCACCAUCUGCCUCUUAAAAGGCCUGGUUCUGCCUGCCCAGCAGUCCCCUUAGGGGCUCGCUCAGGUUGGAAGCCGUCAGUCGUACAGCAUUUGGCUGCUGGGAGCAAACGAGCCUGGGAAAGUUCCCCCCACCCAGCUUGUCUUGGGCCUGGGCUGCAGUGUCCUGAUGAGGCCUGAGGUUAUAUUAACCUCAGCACCCAAAGCUGCUUUUAUACUUUGGAGCUCAGAUACCUGGCCUGGCAUUUGGGGGAGGGGGCAAAUAAAGACCCACUUUAAAUUCUGUGAAAACAAGAGAAGGUAUGCCUUGGGGGCAAGCAGGCGCCAAGCAGGGUGGCAGCACUCGGGAGCCAAGAAAGGUGGCUGUCCGUCCCAAAGGCACUGAGGAUUAAAAUUGGCCCUGGUCUCUCUCUUUCCCAGCUAGGUGCCUGGUUCCAUGUUGUCAUGUCACUGCUUUCAUGUCGUGGCUCAGUGUGAGUCAGAAAUGUGCUGUUUGCUGGUCUGGUGCUCUCUGGCACUCUCAUACGUUCUGAGGCUGCCUCUCCGUCCCUAUUUUAAGAUAGCUAAGAAGCAGGCCCGCUUCCUGCUAGAGCCUGCCCCAGUUCCUUGAGGAAGCAGGCUGGGAAUUCCUUCUCUUGGAUGCAUUCCAAACUGGGUCAGCUGUAGGCAAGCCCUUGCAUCUGACUCAAAACUUGGAUGAGCAGAAUAAUGGAAUCACAGCCGGUAUAUAUACUGCAUUAGGUGGAUGCAGGAACCCCCUUGCUUCCCUGCAAGUUGGCAUAUUGGAUCUGGCCCACACUUGCCUCUGGAUAAAGUCAGUCCAUUCCAGACUGAGGCUGGGAAAGUACACAUUAUAUACCUUUAAAGCACAUUUGCAGCCCUGUCUUUGGGGCCCUGUAGUUCACCCCUCACAGAGUGAACAUUCCCAGCAACCUCUGGCAAACUACAGUGCCCAGAAUUCUUUGAGGGAAAGACUGUGCUUAGAAUGUGCCUUGGAGGCAUGGUGUGCAUGCAGCCCAAGUCUUGCUCCUGUGGCUGGAUCUGCUCGAUCCAGCUGGGCUCCUGGACUUCACGAGGGUUUAGGUCAGGCCUCCCUGUCUCAAUUGCAUUUACUUCUCUCCAGGCCAAUACAGAGCCAUGUGCCCCGACCUCUCUUUCUGUUUGUGAAUUGCAUCCCAGGGGGGUUGUUUUAUGUCCGAUCUGUCUCUGUUGUGGGUUGGAAUGAGAGGCUUUACAGAAGUGGUGGCAGGCAAGACACUUUCAGGUUUUGCCUCCUCGCACUCCUGAGGUGGGUUCUUUUGAACUGUUUGUAUGGGGGAGUCCCCUGGAUACUGAUUUGAAUUUAUUUACCUCAUGUUUGGGGGGUUUGUCGUAUAUAUGUAUAUAUUUAUAUAUAUAUUUGUAAUGUAUGAGAAAGGCUUUGAGGCUAGGAUGUGUAAUACAAUGGUACUUAAGUUAGACCUGGAGGCUAAGCGCAGCUUGUGAUACAGUUUGCCAUGACACAGAGCAGGGGGCGUCCGUGUGGGGCCCUCCCAGAAGUUUUUUUUUCUGAACUACAACUCCCAUCAUCCCUGACUGUUGGCCAUAGCAGCUGGGGUCAAUGGGAGCUGGGGUCAUGCGGCACCUGCAGGGCACCACAUUGGCUCUCCCAGGAAGAGUGACAGCCCUUUUCAAACGGCUGUGCCAUUUGGGUCCCUGCCCUUCCCUGCCCACCCCUGAUAUUUGAAUAAAAUAUUCUUUUUUGUAUGUGCGAAGACCUUAAUAACCCAUGUGAAAUCUCUGUGGGGCAGGCUCGGGUGAGAAAAUAAAAGAGAUGGAAAGUGUGAGAGAGAGCAUGUGGGAAUAGGAAGGAGCACGUCUGUAGAGAUGUCUGACUGCAUGCUUGUCUGGUUUGGUGGCAGCAGGGUGUGUGUGAAUGUGGAGGAGCCCAGAGACAUCACAAGGGUUGUUAAGUGUGCUGUGAUUUUUUAAAGAGGCUCUUAAUAAAUCAUUGGUGGCUCCUGGGUACAUGUCACCUGGAGAAUCUCCUCUUUCUUUCUCAUCAACACUCCUCUCAAGAACAUGUUAGCAUUCAGCUAGGUUUUACUUGGAAUAGACGUAUUGACAUUAAUGGUCCUAACUUAGUCAUCGUCAGCGGGUUUACCGUGUGUAAAACUUGGUUGAGUGCCAGUCUAAGCUUUUUAAUUUUUAACUCGGUUACUACAUCAUCAUAAAAAAAAAAAUUAAAUUUAUAUGCCGCUCAUAUGGGUUGCCACCAUACAUUAUGUAGGGAUCCCAUUCUGAAUAAAUCUUGCCAGGCAUUUCCUUCUUGGAUUUUCCCCUAAUAGAUUUGAUUUGAUUGAGUGGUUCAGUUGGUGGGGGGGGGGUCUGUUUGGGAGUUUACCCAGCCUUGUUAAACUCUCUAAAUGCAACCUCUCUCUGCCCCACCCUCAAAUACACACACACACCAUGGCAUUCCCUCAAAUGUGAUUUAGCCUCCAGGAUAGGGGAGAGAUUUUGAAGGGCAACCUUCCAGCCACGGUCAUCUCCCAACUGAUGGGAGCCAGUUUGCCUUUUAUUUUACUUUUGUUUUGGCUGAGUUACUUCUUCCUUGAACUCUCCAGCCGUUGAUAAUUUUGUACUUCGUAGGGAAUGACAAGCCUGAUGUGACGCUGUUGUCGAGGGCGAUGGGGGGAAGAGGGUCUCUCUUUUCCACUUUUUGUCCUCUUCAAGUCCCAAAGCAGGUUGUGGUGGGGAUCUGGUAGUGGUAUUGGGGAUGGGGGGGAGGGCAGGGUGAGGGGGAAGCCAUGAUGUAUAUUGUUUGUUUGUUGUUUGUGAACGGUGCGUUUUGCCCGUCUCUAGUUUGUUGCAUUGCGUCAGGAUGGCACCCUUGGGGGGGCGGGUACAACAAUAAAAGGAAAACUCCACUGCCAAUUUUGAA